AUGAGAUAUUUUCCCCUCCUUGCAACAAUCCUUGCGACUAUAGGUGUCUACAAUGUUGUGGAUGCUUCACCAGCUGCUGGUCAGCCACAGGUAAAUGUCGGGACUACUACCUCUAAUAAUGCUGCUGCUGCAGCUACGACUAAUCCAUCGACUUCAGCUGGUUCUGCCCCUUUACCAAGUGUUACUGUUACUAUAAACGGCCAAAAUCUUGUAUACCCAGGAUUAGACAGAACUCCUAAUACAGAUGAUCCAGUAGUUCAACAAUGGUUAAAGGAAUUAGAUCUUAGUAAUGUACCUAAGUUACCACAAUCAAAUGGUGGUGUAGUUAAUUAUAGCCAAGCAAAUUGUCAAGCACCAACGAAAAUUCUACCAAAUCAAGGCUCUUGGACUUGCCAAAAAGUUGUUCGCCCAGAUGACAAAGAUCAAUGCCCGAAGCAAGGCGUAUGGGGUUUAACAUAUGAUGAUGGUCCAUCAUUAUAUACACCAAAGCUGUUAGAUACUUUGAAUAGCAAAGAUAUUAAAGCUACAUUUUUCGUAGUUGGAAGUCGCGUAAUUUCAUUUCCAGAGACACUAAAAGCUGCUUAUGAAAAAGGUCACAAUAUUGCAGUUCAUACGUGGGCACAUGCCGCACUUACUUCGCUUCCGGACGCAUCUGUUGUAGCAGAAUUGAAGUGGACCAUGAAGGCAAUUAAAGACGUUAUUGGAGUCACUCCCAUAUAUAUGCGUCCUCCUUAUGGUGACACUGAUGACCGUGUUCGUGCUCUUACACGUGCUGUUGGUUUAUGGACCGUACUUUGGACGGAAGGAUUUGAUACUGAUGAUUGGUCAUUGAGAACUGGACCUGGACUUAAAACCCAAAAUGCUGAUCACGUUAUUGGAAUUUUCCAAGGAUGGAUGAAAAAAUUACCAACAAUGAAAAAUGGAUUUGUUGUACUCGAGCAUGAUCUAUUCCCUCAAACAGUCCAAGCAGCGCAAGCUGUAAUGCAAAUAGCAGUCAAACAACAAGGCUUAACUAUUCAAACUGUUCCACAAUGUCUUGGUGAUUCUACUCCGUAUCUUGAAGUUGGUGGUAAACCUCCCGCUCUUCUCGUUUCGGCUGACAGUAAAAGUAGUAAUUCGUCUGAUUCAUCAAAUGAUCCUGAGGUGAAGGCUGCUUCUACAAGUGAUGGGUUAUCGACUACUAUUUAUUCUGCUUUGCCAGUGACGAUGAUGUCAUUAGCAAUAUCAUUUGCUUUUGGUCUUUGGUGA